CAUGAGCGUGGCGGUCACGUUGGCGGAGCUGGCGGAUGUCGCCUUCCGCACGGCCCGUGGCUGCGGUGUCAACGCCGGCGCCCUGCAGCUCCUCCUGCGCGGGCUGCUGGAGCACCUGCGGCUGCAAAAUGCCGCCACGCACCUCUCCGAGGACGAGAGGGGCCUCCUGCAGCCCGAGGUCAGCGCCAGGCCCCCCAUUCUCCUCCAUCCGGGCCAUUCCGGUGGGUCCCUGGGCGUGACGGAGCUGCUGAGCUCUGGGCAGGGACCUGGCACGCCGGCCGCUGACACGGAGCAGAUGGUGCAGCUGAGGAAGAGGAUAGAGGUGAUUGAGGAGGGGAUGACGAAGGUCACAGACACACUACAGGAGGUGCUCACCAACACCUGCUCCCUGAAAACCACCAUCCAGGCCUUCCAGGAAGAGCUGCAGCUCCUGAAGGACAGUUUCCAGAAGACUGGUCUGGAGGAGCUGCGAGAGCAGGUGAUACAGCAGGACAAACACAGCCACCUCCUGCAGAACAUCCUGAGCCAAAUGGUAGAGGUGCGGCAGCAGCUGAGCUCCUUCCCCUGGCAGACCGGAAUGCUGUGCUCGCUCUGCAGGCUGCCUGCUGGUGAGAAGCUUUCCAGCCAGGACCUCAUCCCUGAGUCCUCACAGGAGCCAGCUCUCGAGGCCCCAUGCAGGCUGAGCGGGCUGUUGGAGCAGCACGAGAGUGUGGAGACCUGCAUCACCUGCAGCAAGAGCACGCUUCAGCAGCACGCUGGCCUGGGGACCUCAGAGAAUGUGGCCACGGAGAAGAUGCAGGGAGAAGGGUCAGAUUUCAGCAGGGAGGUGCUGAACCAGGUGGGACAGCUGCAAGAGCAGUGCACGAGACUCCAGGAGGCUGCAGAGCAGCUGUGGGGUGACUCCAAGGACACUCAGAAAGCAGAUGAGACUACACUGGAGACCAAAGCAAGCCAGGAUGAGUUACAAAAUACCAUGGCCCAGCUGAGUGAGAUGAUGCAGGACUUGCUGCAGAGGAUGUUCCUGCAUGGCCAGGACAGGCAUAAAGCCUCAGAGCUCACCAGAGAGAGGAACUCCAAGGCACAGCGGCAGCAGACUUGGAGGCUCAGCAAGCAGUGCCACUGCCAGAGACCUUACUUUGACACCAGCAGUGCCAAUAGACUCAAGAGGAACCUCUUUGAUCCCAUGAAGUGCAUCUCCUGUGACAGACCUCUGGCCGCAGCCCCAAGGCUGCCUUUGGUGACAGUCCGCAAGGCCAGUGCCGGUGGCUCCGACUGCCUGGCACAGCAGCUGCCAGGAAGGGAGACCAAAGGGCGCAACCAGAUCAGCCAGGGUCCCACAGCUCCCACCAGGCCACCGUCUGCCUCCAGCUCCCUCACUACCAUCUGUCCCUUUGGAGUCCCUGCAGACCUCACCUACAACAAUGUGCUGCCAUGCGGACAAGGAUGGUCUCCUCAGCGGGUCGCUGGCUGGCCUCUGAUGGCGGCAGCAGGAUGGCAGGUGUAUGAGCUGGCUGCGGGUGGUGUGAGUGCACAGCAAGGGGCUUUAGAGAUUGGAGGGGUGGGGGCCAUGCUGCCCCAGCCUCUCCUUCUCCCUCACAGCCUCUUAUCACAGCAGGGUAACACCAUAUGCCAUAAAUCUCUCUCCUCUGCUGCCUGGGCUCUGUGUGGUUCCUGAGCAUACAGGGCAUCCUGGGGGAGGACCUUGCAGAGGUCCUGGUGCAGCCUCUGGGUUGGGGCAGUGCAGGUGGUUCCUGCCCCAUUUUAGCCCCAGCCAGGUGUGUGCUGCUCUCCCCACAGCAUUUUGAGAUGUUUUCCCACAGGGAUGCUUCUGGAUCAUGCUGAGUCCCAGUGAGCUCUCUAACCAGUCCACAGGUCCCUGGUUAGCCCUGGGCUGAAGCAUGUCUCCUACAGAGGCAGGCUGAGGAAGCUGGGCUUGUUAAUCCUGGGGAAGAGAAGGCUCUGGAGAGACUCACUGCAGCCUUUCAGUAUAUAAAAGGAGCUUAUAAGAAUGAUAGACUUCUACAGGGCUCUGUAGUGACAAGGAGCAGCAGUUUUAAACUAAAAGAGGGGACAUUUAGGUUGGAUAUAGGAAAGAAAUUUGUCACGCAGAGCGCAGUGAUGCCCUGACCAGAGUCAUGAGUGCCACAUCCUUGGAGGUACCCAAGGCUGUGGAUGGGGCCCUGGGCAGUCUGAGUUGGUGGGAGGUGUUACUGCCCAUGGUGGGGUUGGACUGGAUGUUCUUCACGUCCCACCACUGCUGCAAACGAAGCGAACACACUGGGUUCAAAGCAGAGCGUGUAUUGCAAGCAGCUGCGACAUGUCCACAGAGACUUGCAGCUGCCAGGAGAAGAAAAGAACAGAGGGGUUAAAAAUGAUCCCAGUCUGUAGGGUUACAUUUUGUCAUGCAAACAGCCCCAGGGCAAACCCCAUCCCAGGAGGGUGAGGGGAUGUUGUGUGGCUCACCCAGGGCUCCGCAUCUGCCCCCGGGGCUCUGCGCCUGCCUCAGCCCUGCUCACCCCCAGCACAGCACGUACAGGGUGCAGGAGCAGCCCUUGCUCUCCUUCUUCUCCUCAUGAAGAACCAAUAUGGGGUGUCUGCCCCCAUCCUGCCACAUGAGGCCAAAGGAAGGGGGCACUUGGGCAAGGUCUGGCGCAGGGACCGUGAAGAAGGAGCCUCUUCCUCCGUAAGUGUUACUUGCAUGCAAAUUCCAGUGUCCCAAAGGAGGGGGCUGCACCCUCCCCGAGUCCAGGCAGAGGCUGGCAGCAGUCUGUCCCACGCAGCCUCCCGCUGUCCCUGGGGAGCUCUGCUCAGCUCUAGGACAAGUAAAAACUACUUCAAACCAAACCCAUGCAAGGCAGCUAUUUGCUCAUGUGUCUCUGUGGCUGCCAGACCCCCUGGCAGCAGUUUCUCUCCUCUUUGGGGAGGGGGGGGGGAAAAA